CAUACAUACCACCAUAUAAAUUGACCUAAGCUUUUGACAGAUCUCGGGAAAAUACAAAGUCGAGCUUCCGGGAAUUUGACAACCAGAUGAUCUGACAUUAGUAAAAUCCAAGUCACAUGGCAUGCUGAUCAAGUUACUCAGGAGAUUUCGCUUCGCUAUGAUGAGACCUCCCGCUGAUGGUACUUAACAGCGUCUUUCUUGUUAGGCGAUGUUGCGCAAAGUCAUUUCAGCAUCAGCGAUGUCCAAUGAGCCAACACCUGUUUCUGCGACAUCAAAUAAUGAUGGAAAUGCACUUUACACUCCACUCAGCUCAUUUCUUCAGAUGUGGUAUCAGAUAUUUCUCUCGGCAUUAUUUUCGUCCAUAUUUGUCCAUACUAUUGCAGCAGCAAUUUGUUUUGCCACAUUGCGAAAACAUAAAUAUGGAAAGUUCUUCCCACUGCUAAUAAUAAUAAUGGGAGUAUUGCUGCCGUUAACGUCAGGAAUUCUAAGUUCCGCAGCAGUAGCAUUUGUCUACGGUGCAUCAGGCUAUCAGAUGCUGCCUUUGUAUGCUUUACUAUGGGGUAUCGGACAAACUGUAAUGGCUGCUUGUGUUGGAUUCACAAGGAUAUUAGCUACUUUGUAACAGGAAGCUUAAAUGAACGAUGCCAAUAUUGUACAGUGUAAGUUAUGCAGAUGGAUAUCAAUCAUUAACCAGUAAGAGUUCUACAGAAAGAUAAAAUAAUCUUCUCAUGAAAGUUUUCUAUGUAAAUAUCAUCUUGUGAAAAUUACAAGCCGUGGUAAGACAAAAAUCACGCAUCGAGAUAUUUUUUUCAUAUGAAUUUGACUAACUAAAUGUUACCCUGAUUUCUUUAAACAAUUAACAAAAGUCUUUGGAAUUACUAGAUACAGUAUCUGUAUACAUGGUGUUCGAGGAAGCUCUAUUAAGUAGUACUGACUGACUGAACGUUGUAAAUAUCCGAAAUACAUGUGUAGAUGUAUACUUAUAAAUGUAAGAAUUUGUUAAUGUCAUGGUAUUAUAUGGUGGUACAAGAGUUGCAGAUAAAUUGUACCUACUAUAAUAUAGUUUGUUUGCCGGCUAAAGCUCUCUGCUCUUAUACUUUGUGUAUACAUCGAACAUAAUGCAGAAUAAUAUUUUUGUGCCAUCAAUUAAUUUUCAAGUUUUUAUAAAAUGCAGUAUGUUUUUUCUUCUCUCUCCUCCAGACUUAUCAAGGUGUCUACUAUAUGAAUGAUUUGUAAACCUGGAGUUCCAUGCAAAAUCCUAUGCGUUUUUCCACCCAUCAUCUUCGAUUAGAUCCAUAAUUUGUUUUUAUCGUUUGAGUUCUAAGAAGGCUUUCUGGCUAUUCCAGAUAGAAUUAAACCAAAAAUUUUUCAAAUCAUGCCAAAAUAACCAGAAGCAUGCUCCCUCCUGCAAAACUUUUUUCUAUACCUUCAACCCUUCAGUUGAUGAUACGAGGUAUAACUGUCAAAUCCAAUUUUUUACAAAACUUUAUACGAAAUGAAUUAUCAAUAUCCAUAAUUUUGCGAUUCAGUUAAUUUCUAUAGAUUGAAUAUUUACACAUGAACACGCGCUCACAAGGCUGAACAAUUAUUUUCUAAUCUAAAACUAACUAAAUUUUGUGUGAAAUCAGCAAAUAUAUGUGAUUCUAUUCUUUUCACCUAUUUUCCUGAAAUGAAUUUGAAUGCAUGUUUUAAAUAGUAUUUAAUUUCUUCAAUGUUGAGUCGAGAAUGAUGGAUAAGAUUAUUUUAGGAAGGAUGAGUAUGAAAAUGCAUCUUUUUUGUAUGAAACGUUUCCACCUAAACCGAAUAGUUUAGGUGAAAAAUAUGAUUUACAUUGUAAAUGGGUCAUUAGGCGGUGCGAAAAAUUGAAAAAAGAAGUGCCGCUUUUUUGGU